AGUUAAGAGAGCAGCCUUAGAAGCCUUUUCCUUUGUUUGUUGCAAGGCAAGGAAGGAAUAAAUUAUUUGUGGGUUAGUUCCUUGCAGCUUCUUCAAAUGUUCUUGCUAUAUAUUCACCUUUACGCAUUACCGCAAAGCAACCCGUGUUCUGCUGCAUGCCCUUUUCUUCUGUCAUCGACUCUGUUUUCUUACUUUACUAGUUUCUCUGUUUUUCAAGAACUCUCUGGAUUUGGUUCAUUUCUGUCAAGCUCAUAAAGAGAAGCUCUUGAUUUCAUCUUUCACAAGAGGGUUCUCUUCACAGGGAUACUAAAACAGAAAAAUGGGAGUUGGAGGUACUUUGGAGUAUUUAUCUGACUUGAUGAGCAGUAGUAGCCAUAAACACAAAAAGAAGAAGCAAUUACAGACUGUGGAGCUGAAGGUAGGGAUGGACUGUGAUGGCUGUGAGCUUAAGUUCAAGAAAGCCCUGUCUUCAUUAAGUGGAGUUAAAUCAGUGGACAUAAGCAGGAAACAGCAGAAGGUGACUGUAACCGGAAAUGUUGAAGCAAGCAAGGUGCUGAAGAAGGCUAAGUCAACAGGGAAAAGGGCAGAGUUUUGGCCAUAUGUUCCUUACAAUCUAGUGGCACAGCCUUACACUGCUCAAGCUUAUGACAAGAAGGCACCUCCUGGUUAUGUCAGGAAUGUAGAGAACACUGCCACCACUGCCACUGUGAUUAGAUAUGAGGACCCAUACAUGAUCACCAUGUUCAGUGAUGACAACCCCAACGCAUGUUCUAUUAUGUAGUUGAAGAAACAACCUAUAAACCACUGUAAAAUUCUAAUGGUCCUGACUCCUGAUGAACAUGGAUCAGCAAUAACCUGUAGUUUUGCAAUGACAAUGAGUGGUUUUUCUGGGCCUUGCAA